GAUUUAGCAAGCAAUAAGCACGUAAGGUGAGGUAAGCAAGGAAAGCUAGGACAGUACCAGGACCCAAAGCCCAGGUACCUAGGUGAGGAAUUCCCAAAUUCCCAUCUGGAUGGCUCUUGGCAAAUACUUUGACGCCGGUACCUGUACCGAUCUAUACCUUUUCUUCUUGUAGACGUUAACCUUCUCAUUUCGAGGUCGUCGGUCAAUAUUGAAUCAUUCGCUCGCACAAGGGAAAACAAUCGAUCACAAUCCCAGCCCUUGUUUUUCGUCAUAAACCCGGUCAGCAGUGUCAGAUCACAUAACAUAAAUGAUAAGCAGCAGGCGUGGGUUUGGUAUUUAUUAUUAGCUUAUUCCUUCUCACACCCACCCAACUAGGUAAAAGGACUGGAACGUCUCCACAGCACUCAACAUCAUUCAGGCUGACAGCCUCGCACAUUCGCCGUGGCUCCUCCUUCAUUUCGUCGAGCAGGCAAUCCGCAUCGAAGAACAUCCCUUCUCCGAUACCUAUUCCCACAUUUCCGGCAGACUAUUCGCCAGCGCUUUGCAAAAUUCAGAUUCGAAACAUUCCCAGUCUACAAACUUGGCGCGCAAUCACGAAUCUAUAAUUACAUAGUCAGAACUCAGUUACAAAGGAAGAAAAAGAGAGCUGCUGGCAAAACUGUCUCUCAAAUUCUUGGAAGACCGGUGAGGAAAUUCUUCGGUGGCGGCUCCAAAGACAAUGCGACGGCUUCUAGAAAGCUGAACCCAUCAUCUUAUUCGAUGUCUGGCUAUGCCGCAGAUGGAUAUGGGGAGGAGAAAAAACGAGGGGGGAAGAGGGAGAAAUUGGCAGGGUAUUUCAAAGCUGCGAACGAACUUCGUCAAUCGUAUCAACAAUCAUACGCAGAAAAAUGGGGUGGGAGUGGUGGAAUAGAUGAUGAUGAGCAUGGAAUACCAGGUUCAUUUCCGGAUGUAUCUAUUGUUUCGCACGGUGAUGAGCAAAUGAUAUUAUUUCCAUCAUAUGCGCGGAGACAUACUAAAGAGAAACCAUUUUUCGAAAAUGCCAACAUGAAUCCUAAAUUAAACGAACCGGGAGACGCGGAAUAUUGGGCGAGGGAAUGGCAAAAAUACGAAGACGAUAGGGCUAUCGUUGAUGUGGAUGUUAGAGGAUGGCUUUACUCUCCUCAUAGAGGGCCUAUGACAAGAAAGAAUAGGCUACUCAUUGGUCUCGCACGCCAGUUGAGUGGGAUACCUGCACCAAAAUCUGGUUCUCGAGAGACUAGUCCGGAUUCAAAUUCAUUAAGAGCAAAACAUAGAGAACUUGAGCAGAGGCAUGAUGAGGAGAAGAUCGCCCGUGAAGCAGAACAAAUAUUGAAAAAGGGUCGAGGCGAGGAGGAGGCAGCACUACGGGGUGAUUAUAGUGAAAAGCCAAAACGGGAAUCAGACGGUGAUAGUAUCUAUAGUGAACGCGGUAGGCAGCGGGGUGGCAGUUCACGAGUAUCACCAGAGUCAUCUCCUGCUCCAAGUCGUCUAACAAAACGCACAUCAUGGAAUCAACCAUCAGAGAUGACCCAAGCGGAACUAUUAAAAGCAAAUGCGCAUUUGAUGGCACGAUUAAGGCCGUUCCUUACGAAUCCCAUGGUUCAAACAGCAAUUACGGUUUUCUUUUACGACGAAAAGAAUUCUUCGUCGCGUACAAUAGAAACAAAUGAAGCAGGUCAUUUCAUCAUGCGAGCCGCUCUGGAGUUUGUUCCCACACAUGUUAGAGUGUUGGCUUCGGAAAACCUUUCAGCGAUUGAAGAAGUCAAGAUUACUGAACCAAAAGGAGUCAGUCUCAUUACUGAUGUUGAUGAUACAAUCAAGCACUCUUCAAUUGGUGCAGGAUCAAGAGAGAUUUUCAGAAAUGUCUUCAUUCGUGAAUUUGCCGACCUCACAAUUCAAGGUGUCAGGGAAUGGUAUAAUACAAUGUAUGAUAUGGGUGUUGGGGUACACUACGUAUCCAAUUCACCUUGGCAAUUAUUCCCAGUCUUAGUGAGCUUUUUCAGAAAAGCAGGGCUACCACCUGGAUCUUAUCAUCUAAAACAAUACAGCGGAAUGCUUCAAGGUAUUUUUGAACCUGUUGCGGAAAGAAAGAAAGGCACCCUUGAGAAGAUCAUGCGAGAUUUUUCGGAAAGGAAAUUCAUUUUGAUUGGAGAUAGUGGAGAAGCAGAUUUAGAAGUCUAUACCGAUGUCGUUUUAGCAAAUCCGGGGAAAAUCCUAGGGAUCUUUAUCCGAGAUGUCACAACACCUGAAGAUAUAGGUUUCUUUGAUCCAGCAUUAGGCCCGCUUAGUGGAGAUCGUCGAAGGUUUGAACCUCAAUCGCGAACUCAAUCCAUUGACAGUAGGAGAUCAUCUACAUAUAGUAAAUCUGAGCAAUCAGAGAAACGACCAUCUUUGCCUCCUAGAGCUCCCUCGGAAACUAAACUCCAGACCAGUAAUGGACCGACUAUGGGAACACUUAUUGACUUCGGGGAUGAGCCUGAGAAUGAGCCAGUACAUAAAUCUCAUAGGCAAGUGGUACCUCGUUCCAUGUCAGAGAUGGAAGUAUCGAAUGUUCCACGACGAAGAUCCGCCAAUGAUGGGAAAGCUCCUCCACCUCGACCCUCCAAGCCUUUAUCACUUCGUGGAGCAAGUACAAUCACAAUGAUUCCACCCGAAUCAUCCGAACCCCCAAAGCAAAUAUCUCCACCGCCACCACCGAAACCUCGACGCUCAGGUGCUAUACAUGGAAGUGUAAAUAACCACCCAUUGAAGCAGACACAAAGUAGUGCGGAAUUAUCAGAAUCAUCCAGUGAGGGUUACAUAUCUAGUGCUCGUCAUAAAGUUGCAGAGACCUACAACAAUCUUCCAGAAAUGAGAUCUUAUAUACCAGGCAUGGGUGAAUCAAAUCCAAGGCCCCAACCUGCAUUCAACCCAUCAUACAGUCCAUCAUCAAAUAAUGGACCACCUCCUCCCCCACGUCGCAAAUCUACCAUCCCUUCAUCAAUCUCCACGGCCAGUACUAUUACCCAAGCAACCACAAAUAACAGUUCCCCCGACUCAUCAGACGAUGAAUACUACCGAACAUCCAGUGGAGCACCAGCAAACAAAAAAUUAGAUCUCUGGAGACGUCGUUGGAAACGCGCAAAGGGUAUUCUUGACGGGCAAGGUGUAACGCUCAGGGCUUGGAGAACCGGUGAUGAUGUAUGUAUAGAGGCCGUACAUAUGGUUGAACAAGCUAUGCGGGAGAUGGGAGUUGAAGGGUAUGGAAAUGGGAAAGGGAAGACGGGGAAGGGAGGUGGAGAGAUUAAGGUUAAGGAUUUGAAGAGGUAGAGUUUGGUGUGAAUAAGGAAAUGAAUGGGCGAGUUAGUUUGUUGGUUGCGGAAUAGAGCGUUGAAUUAUAUUAUAUUAUAUUUUGGGGGGUUUUGGAUGGAUGGAUGAUUGUACACUUGCAUACAUGGAAUGGCGAAUAAACUUUCAAGAGAAGCGAAGAGUUUAGAUACGAAGGAAUGACAGCGGGAAAGCGGGAUAUAUAUGUAUUAAGAGUCAUGAUUUAUAAGUGGGAAAUAGAAUAAUAAAUAUCCAAGAUUCA